AUGAGCCAAACCGAAAGAAUUAUUCCGGGGAAGCUCUAUAACCCUAACGACGAAGUUUACGUACAGGGCAGAAAGAAAGCCAAGUCGAGGAUUCAUGAGUUCAACAAUGUGCAUCCAGACAAUGAAGAACUCAGAGAAAAUCUCAUGAGAAGUCUCUUCGGAAGUUGCGCUGGAAGCUUUUUAAUCGAGCAGCCAUUUUACUGUGACUAUGGCAGUAACAUACACAUCGGGGACAACAUGUACAGUAACCACAACCUUACAAUUUUAGAUGUUGUCGAUGUUCGUAUUGGUAACAAUGUCUUCUUUGGCCCCAACGUUGGAUUGUACACGGCCGGUCACCCUCUGGACGCACAGAGACGAAUCGACGGUCUGGAAUUUGCAUUGCCCAUAACUAUAGAAGACAACGUGUGGAUUGGAGGGAGCGUCACCGUCUUACCGGGUGUCACCAUUGGCAAAAACUCCGUUAUCGCUGCCGGAGGCGUUGUGGUGAAAGACAUUCCAGAAGGAGUGGUCGCUGUGGGCAACCCUUGUAAGGUGUUGAGAGAGAUUAACGAGAGAGACAAGACUAGUACCGACUUUUGUAAGUAG